CGCUGGGAGAGGGUGAGGGAGAGACUCGGCCAGGAUUGUGGGAGCGAAGAGAAACAGCCCUCACAACAUCAUCAGCUACAGACGUCCACGGCUUCAACCGUCCCUUCUUUUCGCCGACACAUCACUGGAGACCAAGCAACCAUCCUCACGGUCCUCAAAGACACAGUCAGACGAGAGAGUGGCUAGUUUUUGAUAUUAUUUCAUAGUGCCGUUCUUUUUUGAGUUGCGUUGCUACCAGUGCUGGAUUUAAGUGCGUCUUUGCGAAGUCCAUCCCGGGCACCCAACGGCUUCCUGUACGCUCUGUCAUUCGGCCGGACGACACAACCGGAGACUGCCUGUGGUAUCUCGCACUUACCGGACAGAUUUCAUGCAUAAUAAAGUACGGAUGCUGGAAUCUUUGAAUUGAUCGGAGCAAGUCAAGAGAAGAGAGAGAAGAGAGAGAAGAGAAAGCGUUUUGAGGAGAGGCAGAAGAAAGUAUAAAGUUCUUUAGGGAGAGGAGAGAAGAAGAAGACGGGGACAAUGGGGAGGAAAAAGAUUCAGAUCACGCGGAUUAUGGAUGAACGCAACAGACAGGUGACGUUUACAAAGAGGAAGUUUGGCCUGAUGAAGAAGGCGUAUGAGCUGAGCGUGCUGUGUGACUGUGAGAUCGCUCUCAUCAUCUUCAACAGCACCAAUAAGCUGUUCCAGUAUGCCAGCACUGAUAUGGACAAGGUGCUGCUCAAGUACACCGAGUACAACGAGCCCCACGAGAGCAGGACCAACUCUGACAUUGUGGAAACAUUGAGAAAGAAGGGCCUAAAUGGCUGUGACAGCCCUGACCCCGACGCAGACGACUCCGUCGGCCACAGCCCUGAGUCUGAGGAAAAGUACAGGAAAAUAAAUGAAGACAUUGAUCUGAUGAUCAGCAGACAGAGACUGUGUCAGGGUGUUCCCUCCUCCAACUACGAGAUGCCGGUGUCCAUCCCUGUUAACAACCAGAACAGUCUCAUCUACAGCCACCCAGGAGGUUCCCUAGGCAACCACAACCUGCUGCCACUGGCACACCACAUGCAGAGGAACAGCAUGUCCCCCGGUGUCACACAUAGACCUCCCAGUGCAGGUGGCCUCAUGGGUGCUGACCUCACCACUGGUGCGGGCACCAGUGCUGGCAAUGGCUACGGGAACCACCACCGUAACUCGCCUGGUCUACUGGUCUCUCCGGGCAGCAUGAACAAGAGCAUGCAGGCCAAGUCUCCCCCGACCAUGAACCUGGGAAUGAACAGCAACCGCAAGCCUGACCUGCGGGUGCUUGUCCCCCCUGGAGUCAAGAACAACAUGCCCUCCAUCAACCAGAGAAUAAACAACUCCCAGUCUGCACAGUCAUUGGCCACCCCUGUGGUUUCAGUAGCAACGCCCACCCUACCUGGGCAAGGAAUGGGCGGUUACCCAUCAGCCAUGUCCACUUCAUACGGUACUGAAUACUCGCUGAGCAGUGCAGACCUGUCCUCCCUGUCCGGCUUUAACAGUGGUAGCUCCCUCCACCUGGGCUCCAUGAGCGGAUGGCAACAGCAACACCUCCAGAACAUGCAGCAGCACUCUGCCCUCAGUCAGCUAGGAAAUUGCAAUAGCAAUCACUUAUGUCACAAUUCAAAUCUCUCCCUGCCUUCUGCUCAAAGCCUGCACAUCAAGUCCGAACCUGUUUCUCCUCCUAGAGAUCGCACCAGCAGCACACCGGGGGGCUACGGUGUCCCGCAGCAACAGAACCCCUCAUCUCGCCAGGACUCAGGCCGCUCCCCUGUCGACAGCCUGAGUAGCUGCAGCAGCUCCCAUGAGGGCAGCGACCGCGACGAUCACCGGAACGAGUUCCACUCUCCACUGGGAAUGUCCCGGCCCGCCCUGGACGGGUGCGAGAGCCCCUCGGUCAAACGCGUGCGCCUGUCCGAGGGAUGGGCCACAUGAUUAUCACAUCCAGUGCUGGCCGUCGCUCAAGCCUUGCUCACGCUGCGACGUCAUGAUGCCCCGACACCCUCACUCUCGAUAUCACCACGCGACGCGUCACUCACCUCCGGAGCCCAUGCUCUCUCUAUCUCUCUCUUAUCUCUCUAUCUCUCUCUAUCUCUCUCUAUUCUCUCUCAUCUCUAUCUCUCUCUAUCUCUCUCUCUCUCUCUUAUCUCUCUCUCUCUAAUCUCUCUCUCUAUC